AUGAUCAGACUGCCAACCUUUCCUAGUGUUAUCCUUAGCUACGAUGCAAGCGGCAGUACAUUCCAUGCCUCAACAUCUUAUGUCCCUCCAAACAUUCGACCAGAAGUGUCCACCGAUGUGCCACCACUGGCAACCCAUGUCCCACCCGUGCCAGAAGAAGGCCAAGGUGACACAGAAGAGUUCCUCAGUUCCUCAUCCUUCUCGACCACCGAAAGUAACGAUGAUACUCCACCCCACUUCUUCACUAAUGAAGAUUUCACGCCAGCACCAAAGCAGCCCAAGCAUGAUCCUAUUUCAUCCUCGUUUCAAUCAGCACCACCAGUCCCAACAAAAAUUCCUAGUACACCACCCAUCUCAGCACAACAGACUCCUACGACCGAGCAGUCCACUCCAGCACACGCCUCGUCAAGCAAGAAGAUAUACAAGAGAAUAGCAGGACGUAUACAUCAGCCAUCUCCUUCCCCAGCAAUAGUAGACUCCGGAUCCGAGAGUCUCUCUCCUCCCAAACUACGCCGCACGAGGGCAUCCAAUCAAGCCACCCCACCAAAGUAA